CACUGCUGGAUGUGCGGGAGAUUCCUGGCGGCUCCGCCCCCUCACGUGACUCAUCACAGGUUAUUGACUACUUCCUCUGUGCAAAGCUGAGCACCGCCCCUUCCUGCUCUGGUCACAUGACAGUGACGUCACCGCAGGCCCUGUACUACCAACUGUCUGCACUGCUGAGCUCCGCCCUUUCCUGCUCUAGUCACAUGACGAUGACGUCACCGCAGGUCCUUCCGCUCUCUGUCUCCAUGGAGGAUCUGCCCCUGGCCGCCAUGAUGGAGGCUCCCCUCCCAGGUUCUGACUCCAGGAGAAGUCCCCCCGAGAGAUGUCCCCGUCCUCUGUAUUCCCAGGACUGUCCAGAGGAGAAGCUCCCAGAGAACCAUCAGAAAAUCCUGGUACGAAGACUGAAGGAAACGUCAUAUUAUCUCUAGAUUAUAAAGUAGAAGAUCAGGAUAUCAUGCAACGCUCUAUAGGAGAAAACCACGUUACCUGUAUUACACAUCCAGGACCUCACAGUGCAGAUCCAUCACAUAAUCCUCAUAAUCAUGGGAAACCUCCUGACCAAUCACAGCUUGUUGCCACAAGUCCAGAUCCAUCACAUAAUCCCCCUAAUCAUGAGGAACCUUAUCCUGACCAAUCACAGAUUCUUAACACAAGUCCAGAUCUAUCAUAUAAUCCUCCUAAUCGUGGGAAACCUUCUCCUGAUAAGUCACAGAUUGUUACAAGUAUCGGGUGGAAAAGGAGUAAAAGAUUUAAAUGUAUAGAAUGUGGAAAACGGUUCACAUAUUGGUCAGAGCUUUCUGUACACAGAAGAAGUCACACAGGAGAGAAGCCAAAUUCGAGUUCACAAUGUGUGAAAUCAAUUAUUAGUAAUAAAGUUCUUUUAAAUCUUGCAAGAAUUCACAAAGGGAAGAAGUCAUAUUCAUGUUCAGAAUGUGGGAAAUUCUUUGUGAAUAAAUCAUCUCUUAUAAACCAUGAGAAAAGUCACAGAAGAGAGAAGCCGUAUUCAUGUUCAGAAUGUAGGAAGUGUUUUAUCAGUAAAUCAAGUCUAGUUAUACAUGAGAGAAGUCACACAGGAGAGAAGCCAUAUUUAUGUUCUAAAUGUGGGAAAUGUUUUACCCAGAAAGCAACUCUUGUUAAACAUAAAAGAAUUCACACAGGAGAGAAGCCAUUUUCAUGUUCAUAUUGUGGGAAGUGCUUUACAAAUCAGUCACAUCUUGCUAGACAUGAGAGAAUCCACACAGGAGGGAGGCCGUAUUCAUGUUCAGAAUGUGUGAAAUGUUUUACCAGGAAAACAAGCCUUGAUCAACAUAUAAGAAUGCACACAGAAGUGAAGCCAUAUUCGUGUUCAGAAUGUGUGCAAUGUUUUACCAGGAAAUCAAGCCUUGAUCAACAUAUAAGAAUUCACACAGGAGAGAAGCCAUAUUCGUGUUCAGAAUGUGGGAAAUGUUUUACCCAGAAAUCAUCCCUUGUUAAACAUAACAUAGUUCACAAAGGAGAAAAGCCAUUUUCAUGUUCACAUUGUGGGAAACGCUUUACAUAUCAGUCAACGCUUACUAGACACGAGACAAUCCACACAGGAGAAAAGCCAUAUUCGUGUUCAGAAUGUGGGAAAUGCUUUACACAGAAAUCAGAUCAUCUAAAACAUGAGAGAAUUCACACAGGAGAGAAGCCAUUUUCAUGUUCAGAUUGUGGGAAGUGCUUUACAAAUCGGUCACAUCGUGCUAGACAUGAGAGAAUUCACACAGGAGGAAAGCUGUAUUCAUGUUCAGAAUGUGUGAAAUGUUUUAACAGGAAAUCAAACCUUGAUCAACAUAUAAGAAUUCACACAGGAGAGAAGCCAUUUUCAUGUUCAGAUUGUGGGAAGUGCUUUGCAAAUCAGUCACAUCGUGCUAGACAUGAGAGAAUUCACACAGGAGGAAAGCUGUAUUCAUGUUCAGAAUGUGUGAAAUGUUUUAACAGGAAAUCAAACCUUGAUCAACAUAUAAGAAUUCACACAGGAGAGAAGCCAUAUUCGUGUUCAGUAUGUGGGAAAUGUUUUUCUCUGGUUGGAAAUCUUGUUAAACAUAAAAGAAUUCACACAGGAGAGAAACCAUUUUCAUGUUCAGAUUGUGGGAAGUACUUUACAAAUCAGUCACAUCGUGCUAGACAUGAGAGAAUCCACACAGGAGGGAGGCCAUAUUAAUGUUCAGAAUGUGGGAAAUGUUUUACCCAGAAAUCAUCUCUUGUUAAACGUAACAUGGUUCAUAAAGGAGAGAAGCCAUUUUCAUGUUUAGAUAUCAGUCAGAGCUUACUAGACACGAGAGAAGUCACACAGGAGAAAAGCCACAUUCAUGUUCAGAAUGUGGGAAAUGCUUUACACAGAAAUCGGAUCUUCUAAAACAUGAGAGAAUUCAUGCAGGAGAGAUGCUGUAUUCCUGUUUAAGAUGUGGGAGAAGUUUUGCAUAUAAAACAGAGCUUUUAAAACAUGAGGGAAAUCACAUAGGAUGGAAGCCAUAUUCAUGUUCAGAAUGUGGGACAUGUUUUACCAAGAAAUCAAGCCUUGAUCAACAUAAGAGAAUUCACACAGGAGAGAAACCAUAUUCAUGUUCAGAAUGUGGAAAACACUUUAUACGUAAGUCACAUCUUGCUAGACAUGAAAGAAUUCACACAGGAGGGAGACCGUAUUCAUGUUCAGAAUGUGGAACGUGUUUUACAAGUAAAUCAGAUCUUCUAAAACAUGAGAGAAUUCACACAGGAAAGAAGUUAUAUUCAUGUUCAGAAUGUGCAAAAUGUUUUACCAGAAAAUUAAAUCUUGAUCAACAUAACAGAAUUCACCCAGGAGAGAAGACAUUUUAAUGUUUUAUGUUAAAAUAAUAUUUUACAAUGAAAUAAAAUUUUGUAGAAACCGGAAUUCUGUUGGGAAUGUGUCAAAUAUUAUUAGACAAAAAUAUAAA